AUGAUGAACAAACAUAUUAUUGUGGCUGGUUUUCUGUUGUUCGAAAUUUAUUGCAUUAAGGCAGAUGUUCAGGAGCUUAAAGUAAAUGAUCGCAGUUAUUUGUCACCUUUGGAAAAUAAUCUCAACAAAGGAUAUUUGCCACCGGAUAAGAAAAUUUUGCAACUGUCGAGAAGUUCACAUGAGAGUAAUGACUUUACUAAAGGAAAUUUCAAUUAUAAACAUAAUAAACCCAUAGUGAUCGAUGAUCCUCUGCCCACAAAAGUGGAUUAUGUUCAACCUUUGGCUUUAGAUUUUGCAAGUGGUAAAUAUAAACCAAUCUAUAAAGGAACCUUAAUAUCUGGAUUAUUUUACAAUGAAAAUGAAGCAAACUCUUUGAAUAGAGAUACCUCAAAGGAGACACCUUUAAAUGAAGAGGUAAAGACCCAUAAGAAGGAACAAUUACAGACAGAAGCAACUACCUCAAAUUCCUUAAAAUAUAAAGAUAAAUCAAGGGAAAUUAAUAAAAAUAGCAAAGGAUCCUUAGAAGAUGUCAUACCCAUUAAUUACUAUGCUGAUGAAGUAACUAUGUAUAAAUUAUUUAAUUACGAUGAUGAUACUACUUUAAGUAACUCCGAACCGGUGGUUAUUUUUAAACCAGGAGAUGAUAUUAGUUUUACCGAAGACACUACCAUUAUAGAUGAUUAUGAACAUAUGUUUCCUGUGGAAUUUAUAAAGAAACACCUAAAACCUUCUACACUAAAAACUACUUCUACCACAACUCCCUCUCCUUCUCCUCCAACAGAUGAUCCUCAUUCAAAUGAAGCAACAAAACAUCAAACAACUAGUGCAGCAGAUAGUGAAAGUAACCAUACAACUAGACCUGGUUAUAUUUAUGAUAAACCCAAAAUAACAUUUACGUUUUAAGUUUUCUAAUAAUGCAGUU